AUGUUCAUGCAUUUGGAGGUCUUCUGCUACGUGGUGCUUCUGCUGGCCAAUAUGAACGCGUACGGAUGCUGGUCAGUGAAUAAUUUCUUGAUGACUGGACCUAAGGCAUACCUGAUCUACUCUAGCAGUGUGGCGGCCGGGGCUCAGAGCGGCAUCGAGGAGUGCAAGUAUCAGUUUGAAUGGGACCGCUGGAACUGUCCCGAAAGAGCCCUUCAGCUGUCUACUCACAGCAGUCUGCGCAGUGCAAACCGCGAGGCAGCCUUUGUCCACGCUAUCAGCUCUGCAGGGGUCAUGUACACUCUGACCAGGAACUGCAGCCUGGGAGACUUUGAUAACUGCGGUUGUGAUGACAGCAGGAACGGACAACGCGGCGGUCAUGGGUGGCUGUGGGGAGGCUGCAGUGACAAUGUGGGCUUUGGAGAGGCCAUCUCCAAACAGUUUGUGGAUGCUCUGGAGACCGGUCAGGACGCCCGUGCAGCCAUGAACCUGCACAACAACGAGGCAGGACGCAAGGCGGUGAAAGGAACCAUGCAGCGUACCUGUAAGUGCCAUGGUGUGUCGGGCAGCUGUACCACACAGACCUGCUGGUUGCAGCUGCCUGAGUUUAGAGAGGUGGGGAACUACCUGAAGGAGAAAUACCACCGGGCAAUCAAAGUGGACCUGCUCAGAGGAGCGGGAAACAGCGCAGCCAGCAGAGGGGCCAUUGCUGAGACCUUCAGCUCUAUCUCACGUAAAGAGCUUGUUCACCUGGAAGACUCGCCCGACUACUGCCUGGAGAACCGCACUCUGGGUUUAGCAGGCACAGAGGGGCGCGAGUGUCUGAAGAAGGGCAAACACCUGACCAAGUGGGAGAAGAGGAGCUGUAAGCGGCUGUGUGGGGAGUGUGGGCUGGCUGUGGAGGAGAGGAGGGCCGAGACCAUCUCCAGCUGUAACUGUAAGUUCCACUGGUGCUGCGCCGUCAAGUGUGAGCAGUGCAGAAAGACAGUGACCAAGUACUACUGUGUGAAGAGAACCAGAGGCCGGGCAGAGAGCGCAGGGGCCCGGAGGAAGAACCUCCGACUAAGGAAGAAGCACUGAGGCAGUGUGGGACAUGAGGAGGUGAGCUCACCAGGGCAUUCAGCACAACAUUUGAUAAUACAAGGCUUCAUUAUCUUCGAAACAUGGAGUACUGGUAUUGGACAACACAGAUGAGAAUGUAAAACUGAAGAGGCCUUUACUACGAACAAUGUAUUUAAGUGCUCUAAAACCUGUCAAGUGAAAGUCUGGGGCUCAGUAAAUGUUAUUGGUGAUUUAGUGCCAUAAGUAGUUUAACACAUACAAAACAUAGAUGUGAAAUAAUGAGGAUUGUUCUCUGAAAUGAAAACAUUGAAGACAUUCCUUGUCUGUUCACACAAACGAGCUGCCCUCUGAAGUACCACUGCACUAUAAGAAUCAUAUUUUGUGAGUUUGGUACAAAACUGUAAAGCACAAAGAUGAGAGUGAAGAGAGGAUGCUUUAUGACCUUACUAAAUGUAUUUAAAUAUGUAUAUUUUUGUACUACUUUUUUUAAGCAUUUUAAACAUGUUGGGUAUUUUAUGGCUGUUUCAUUUCAAAACAUUUUUGUUGUAAGUUAUUGAACUGUAAAAUGUUUUACAAUUUGGCAAUCACAUGACCAGGAGGUCCUUCAUCCCUUUGUAAACAUAUUGUUCCUGUUAUUAUGUGUGUUAGGAGCUCUUCAACACACCUGCUGCCCUGUCCUUGUAUUUAAAUGUACAUAAAAUGAAGCACUUUUUACUGUACAUGGUUAAUUUAUUGCACAGUAUGUCCUAUAGUUGUACUUUGUGCAUAGCUGUCUCUGUGUUUUUUGCUGUUUCCUACUGAAAUAAAAGAAUAAUACAUGUUUGU